GAGAGAGGGAGGGAGAGAGAGAGAGAGAGAUGCAUUGCAUUCUCUUCCCGAGUGUAGACACGGGGAUCAUUCAGUGCAGAGCAGAGAGCAGUGAGCAGUGAGCAGAGCAGUGAAGGAUGAUGGAGUGAAAUUCCCCUGAUCGGAGGGAGGGAGGGAGGGAGGAUCAGGAGCACAUGGAUCUCUAAACCCGGGACUACACACCACGUCCAAAUGUUCCCCAAACACAGCCACAGUCAGAUGCGCAAACACCGGUAGACAGACAGAAGAUGGGGAAACUCCACUCCAAACAUGCUGCCGUUUGUAAACCCAGAGAAAGUCCCGAAGGUGAUAGUUUUGUGGUCAACGCGUGUUUGAGUCGGAAAGGUCUGGAGGACUGGAUCGCCAAACAGAAGUACGACUUGGGACAGCACCAGCAAACCUCCGACACAGCAGCCCGCAGGCUCUCCACCACGGGGUCAACUGGUGAAUUUGGCAGAGAAGGAUACAGUGAAGAUCAUUAUCCUUUGGAAGUCGCUCUACCUCCAGAAAAGACAGAUGGCUUUAACAAUGUGACUGAGAAGAGAAUAGAAAAGGGAGCUGCACAGAGUGGCGUGAAGAAGCAACUCAAAUUUGAAGAGCUGGAAUGUGAUGUAUCUGUAGAGGAAGACAACAGGCAGGAGUGGACAUUCACUCUGUAUGACUUUGAUAACAAUGGGAAAGUCACUCGUGAGGACAUUACUAGUCUUCUGCACACAAUCUAUGAGGUAGUAGAUUCAUCUGUAAACCACUCGCCAAAUACCAGCAAAACCCUGCGGGUUAAACUGACCGUGACACCCGAUUCAAGCGAGAAAACGAAAGGUCAAAUGUGGCAGACAGAUCUGCAUUGUUCAAGGCAGAAAGCUGAAAUCAAGUCUGCUGAGGAAUUCAAGAACACAGAGAAGAAAAACCGGGCUCCCCUCAGACGCCAUAACAGCGAUCAGCACCCCCAUCAGAGUAAGUGCCAUCGUCAUUGUGUGGAUGAGAAUACUGAAAGGAGAAACCACUACCUUGACUUGGCAGGGAUAGAGAACUACACCUCCAAAUUUGGACCAGGUUCACCUCCAGUGGCUUCUAGAAAGGAGAAUCACACAAAGGUUCCUCACCAGGCCAGGUCCCGAUCCCAUGAGCCUGAAGUCAUGUACAGUCACCAUAGGAGAUCUCAAACCAUGGAUCCAGGCCACAGCCACCAUCACGAGUCUCCAAACACUAGGGUGAUUGAACUGCAACAUAGACUGCGAAAUCAGGACUUGAACAAGCACUUAGUCAAAUCUCCCAAAACCCUGAGCAAAAAUGUGCUGGCCUCAGCCCCAGCUGGAAAGGUUGGAAAGAACAAGCCUUCACAAGGUCCCUACAUGCCACUGACCUCGACUCCUGUGGUUGUAGGCCCAAAUAUUCCAUAUUUACCCAUGCAACUCAGCCAUCAGCAUCAGCAGAGCUAUAAGAAACACAGGCAAAGAUCUAAGGACAACCAUCAUGUGUAUAAAGCUUUCCAUCCCCCUUCAAGAGUGGUAGAGCAGGAACAUGUCAGGGAUUUGCCAUCUGUUUUACUCUAUGAAGGCCAUGUUGGUCGAAUUGUUCAGAGACAUGAACACCAUCACCACCAUGAGCAUCAUCAUCACUACCACCACUUCUACCAGACAUGAGCAGACAGGGUAUGUAUGUAACAAGAACUUAAGCUAAUGGAACCAUAGUACCCGAUUUGAAGGAGAGCUUGACUGGAUUCUGUGGUCUUUGACCCAUGGCAGUAUUGUUAUUAAUUCUAAGUUAGAAAUUCUGUACUUUGAGAGUCAAACAUAAAUGAGAAAUGAAGUGAAACUAAAAGACUUUUGAACAGCUGGCUACCUCUAGUGUUAAUUCAGAUUUUGUUUUCUUUAACCUACGAAAUGUGCCACAAAGGGGUUUUUACUGCUCUGCGUACUUGUAACCUUUUUUUGUGUUGUCCAGACUUAUCAUUUCCGUUCUUUGCAUUUGAAUUGUUAUCCAUGUUGAGAUUCACACUAACCACGCUUUGCCAACUCCUCAGUUUGUAUUGGACUGUACAGAUAGCUCUACAUUCUCGUGGUGAAUCAUCACCAAUUCUUGUACAUCAAUGAGUAAUUUACAACCGAAGGCAUAUAUAUAUAUAUAUAUAUAUAUAUUUUUGCAGAAUUUAAUUCGUCAAGAACUGAAGUGUGCAGAACACACCCAAGGCAUGCUCCGAAGGUUAACAUUUUAACUUAAAUAUUUUGCAUGGAGUGAAUGGGCAAGUCAAAACAAGGAGUUCUGUUUGUAAUUUCUAAAAUGACAUUGAAGUCUCCACACUAUUUAGGGCCAUGUGCUGCAGACCAGAAGCUAACCUCUUGAAAUAUUAUACACAAACCCUUAGGUGUAUCAUGUGUAUGUUUGACAUGUGUGCCCAGUGAAUUGUCUUCAAUCUACUAAAAGUGUUCAUUUGAGUCCAAGCCUGUUAUAGUCCAGUGGUAAUAUCAGUCCAUUGCCAUCUACUGGCUUUGUUAAACACAAGGUCAGUUCACUAUUGACCCUGUUUCAAGGGAAUUUCUGUGGCACAGAAGGCUGAAUUCCCUUAUUACGUUUCAGAGAAGUUGGCAACUAUAUAUUAUAUCUCAGGUGCAUUGUCUUUUUAAAACUAUGGUUUGACUAUUUUUGUUUUUGAGAAACGAGUCUGUUCUGUGGAGUUUUCGUUUGUGGUGCAAAUAAUGGAAGACAGGAUGUGACUUGAUAGACCCUACUUUAAUCUUGAAUCUUACCAAAAUAACAUAGGAUAUCAUUGGACAAAGAUAGCUCCCUUAUGAUGGUAAGUUAAGAACUUCCUUCACGAGUGACAUCAAUUAUACAAAUAAAAGAUGGCCUGAAACUGACUGGGGUUAAUGAGAUAUCCUAUUCCUUACUCUAUAGGCCAGAAUCUUAAUCACUGUUUUAGACUAAUUCUAAGAUGCUAUUAUUGCUGCUGUUGAGUAUCAAAGUGUUAAGCCCCUUUCACACAGCAAUAAUACACCACUGUAAAAACAGCGAAUUUUACUGUGCUACCAAGGUCUGUAGUGGCAGUUCUCAAAGACAGCAUAUCUGCUGGAAGAAUGAAAAAUUCACCACGAAUUUUAGGUCAGUCUCUACCUCGGUUAAAACUUAUCAACGUUCUACUGACUUCUCUGAUAGUUUUUGCAGUUUGUUGUUGAAACAUUUUACCAAUAUCACGAGGUGAAACUGGUACAGGACUUUUGCUCCUUGUAUUAGUCAGUGCAAUAAAUCCAGAGAUCCCUUGCUUUUCAAAUCACAUGGUACACUUUCGCUGCUUUUCUGACCGUGUGAUUGGGUCAUGGAGCCUGGUAUCCGCUCUUGUCUACUAUAAUGUAAAUUGGUGAAGAAAGAAAAUGCUAAGGAUGUGGUAAAGAACCACUGUUUGUGCGUAUUAUACAGAAUAAUGUACUGUAUAUGUGUGUGUGUGUGUGUGUGUGUGUGUGUGUGUGUGUGUUAACCUGUGGAUAUAUCACCCCAAUGUUUUCCAGAAGUAAAUUGCUGUGUGAAUGGGGCGUUGUGUAAAAUAAACUUUGGAGUAUGAUAGGUUUGAAAGGACUGUGCCAUGGCAGUGAUAUUGUUGUUACUCGUGGCCCAUAGAAUGAAACAUUUUUAAGAAUGUACUUUUUCUUUGCAAAUGCAUCUUUUGAGGAAAAACCUUUAUAUACACACUUCAAAGGACCUCCUUCAGAUUUACCAAUGACUUGUGGAGGACACAAGUGUACUCCUUUGUCUGCUGACUCGAGUUUUCCUCUGUUAAAGCGGUGUCUUGCAAACUCUGCUUGUAUAGCGGACUUCAAAAUAUACUUUGUAUUUAUAAAAUAUAUUGGACUGAAAAUGACAUGAGUGUCUAUAAAGGACAUUGGCUUUUUGUGUCCUAGUGUUUAACUAUUACUAGCCCUGUGUUAACAAGUUAAAUCUAAUGCAAUCCUGUAAUCCAGCGUUAGUAUAUUGUACUCAUAUGUAUACAUUCCCAUCUUGUAUAAUGUUUUCUGACAGCCAUGUAUAAAAACACAUAUUUAAAUUUAAAGCUGUAUUCAGUACAUAUUGUACCGUUCAGUUGUGAAACUACUUAUGUAACACAGUUCAUAAUGUUCUCUUCUGAAAGCAAAUUGGUUUCUGUAUCCCUAUAAUUGAAUAUUUUUCUUUUCAGUAUUUUGUAUAGUAUAUAUAGAUGUUUUUGAUUAAAUGCUUUAUUUAUUUAAUAGUAAAACUGUGUCAACAGAAACCCCUUUUCAUUAAAGGUAAACU